AUGGAGCGACCGUCUCAAAAUAUACACCCUGCAGCUACCUCUAUAAAGCUGCCAACUCUACGACUUGCCCCAUCACUCAAGCGAUCCACCACCUACUCCACGCCUUGUGAAGAAAACGCUAUCCAGCCGGACUCAGAGAACUCCACCGCUGCCAUGGACACACAGCUUCGCGACUACCAUUAUCAAGUCAAAGCAACCCUCACCAACAUCCUCAAUGACGAGCGUGUCAAACACAACCCCAACGGUAGCCGCUGUGUCCAGGAAAUAUUGCUGGAGAAUGAGCAUGAUAUGAGAAGGCAACGAAGGGAAUCACUCAGUUCAUGUACCGCCAAACGAACAAUGCUUUUGUGA